AUCGCAAUUGAUCUUGAUCCGGUGCGUUUACGUUGUGCGGCUCAAAACGCAAAAGUUUACGGUGUGGCUGAUCGAAUUAAUUUCAUCUGCACGGAUUUCUUUCAUUUUGCGCAAUCACCGAGACUAUGGAGUAUGGCAACGCCAUUUUCUAAUGAAGACGGGGAAUGUGAUACAAAUCAGAAUGACAGAUGUGCCGAGGGUGUUAUCGAUGCGAUAUUUCUAAGUCCACCAUGGGGUGGACCGUCUUAUUUAAAAAUGAAGGAGUUCGAUUUGAACACUCAUUUAACACCGAAUGGUUUCGAUAUUUUCAACGCUGCUAAGAAAAUUACCUCAAAUAUAGCGUAUUUCUUACCGAGACAAACGACGGUUGGUCAGUUAGUUUCGCUGGCUGGUCCAGGUGGUUCAUGCGAAAUAGAGCAAAAUUUAUUGAAUACAAAAAUCAAGGCGAUUACUGCCUACUACGGCAAUCUCGUUACAGGACGAUGUGAUGAUGUACUGAAGUGA